AUCUAAUUGACAGCUGUGAACUUUGAUAGACAUUAAAAUGGCUUCAUUGUCGCUGUUGUCAACCUAUGUGGGUUACGUGCAUUAAAAUGAUGUCAUUUUGCUGAAAUUUUUGAUUGGUGUGUUAUAACUGAAUUGGUAAAGUUUAUUAAAUUCCUAAGUUAACAAUGGGCAUUUUUUCAACAUCUUCACCUUUUGACGCCGAUGUGGAAAAGGCAACAGAUGAGAAGAACACAAAUGAGGAAUGGAGUGUUAUAAUGGAGGUUUGCGAUAAAGUGGGCAACUCCUCAGUGCACGCAAAGGAGUGUCUUCGCUCCAUCGUGAAACGGCUCAACAACCCUGAUCCUCACAUUGUCAUGCAAGCCAUCACGCUACUGGACGCCUGUGUGAACAACUGCGGUAAGACAUUCCAUCUGGAGGUGGCAUCACGAGACUUUGAAUCAGAGCUGCGCAAGUUGCUGACGAAGAGCCAGCCGCGUGUGGCGGAGAAAUUACGACAACUGCUUAAGAAGUGGGCAGAGGGAGAGUUCAAGAGUGACCCCCAGCUGGGUCUGAUCCCCUCGCUGUACAACAAGCUGAGGCAGGAAGGCCAGGAUUUCUCUUCAUCCUCUGAUCCCUCCACUAAAUCAACGAGGGGAACUGUCCCGAAGGACCCCAACGCAGUCUCUAGUCAGCAAGAAGUGGACGAUAUUGCUAAAGCCAUAGAGCUGAGUCUGAAGGACAGUCACAUGUCCCCAAAGGCACAUAGCGGAGGCACAGGCACAGGGACUGGUCUUGGUGGUGGCGGUAGCCUGUAUCCCUCCACCGCGCUGGGGGCCCCUGCCACAUCUGAGCCCCGCAAAGUCCGGGCUCUCUACGACUUUGAGGCAGCGGAGGACAACGAGCUGACAUUUGUUGCUGGAGAAAUAGUUCACCUGAUGGAUGACUCGGAUCCCAACUGGUGGAAAGGCUACAAUCAGAGGGGCGAGGGAUUGUUCCCUGCAAAUUUUGUCACUUUAGAUCUGUCUGUUGAGCCGGAGAAGUUCAAGGAACCUAAAAAAGCAGUUCAGUUCAAUGAGAUGGUCCAGGUGAAGACAUUGAAACCAGCUCCAGAACAAGUAGAGAUUGAGGAGGACAAGAUAGAUAAGUUGCUUCAUAUGCUGCAUGAAGCAGAUCCCACAGACUUGGAAAAUGAUCCGGAAGAGCUAAUUCAACUUGAAGAACAAGUGAAUGCUAUGGGUCCUCUGAUAGACUCGGAACUUGAGCGAGUGGAUCGUAAACACGCUCAGUUGACGCAGGUCAGUUCCGGGCUGGUGGAGGCUCUCAAUCUCUACCACAUGCUUAUGCGGGAGCCCUACCACACGCCCAAGCCUGCGGUGCCGUUCUCCCCCCCUCCACACCAACAUCAGAUGUACAAUAGGCUGAGUGGACCACCCGGGCCGCCAUUUUCACUACCACCAGGUCCUGACUAUAUGAUGCCCAUGGCCCCGGGCCCCUAUUCCCUACAGGGCCUUCCUGUCUCAAGGCCAGAGGAUCUGCCAGGACCUCCCUCGCUGCCUCCCCAGUCCAUUCCCUACACCAACUGCUACGGGCCCCCAUUUCCCGGCAGUGGACACCCUCCCCCACAGAACAUGCCCCCUCCCGGAGCCUUCCCCCCCAACAGUCAGCAGCCAUUAUGAAUGUAACACAUUUUGUAAAUACUGUCGAUACCGUGGGUAGUCUGUACAGCACCGCAGCAAGUUCAUAUCAUCUCUGUUCUUCUUACUUUCUGUAGACAAACAUCUUGCGAUUCCACAACGAGAAUUAAACAAUGUUACCUUAUUUUUAUAUGUGAUUACAUUGACCCGAGUGGUGUGUCGUCAACGGUGCAUUUCGUUGUAACAUUACGACCUGAGACCAGCUUCGCUUUGCGUUCCACACAGUAGGAUAUUGUACAGUAGCACGUCUCAAAAACUAUUAUUGUUUUAUCAAAUAAGCGAUUGUGAUUUUGUAUACAGUUAUUUUAAAGGUAUAGUUUAAUAAUGAUUCUUGAAAUGAUUAUAUUAUAUAACAUAA